AUGGCCAAGGAGACAAAGCAGCCAUGUCGGAGCGACGAGUCGCCAAGAGAAAACGGUGAUGUCGACCAGACCGCGAAAACGUCAGGAGUAACCUCGCGCCGCCUGAAGAAGAGAGAGCUCGACCGAAAAGCACAACGACUUGCUCGGGAGAGAACGAAGAACCAUAUCGCCGAUCUCGAGAAGCUCGUUGACGAGCUCAGGAACAAAGACACAACCGGCCAGGUCCAUUCGCUGACCCAAUCGUUGCAAGCCGUCACCAAGGAGCGAGACGCUGUGACUACCCUGUUGAAACGGCUCGAGACUUCGAUCAGAGACUAUCUUGCCUCUCGCGAGGGUCCACCGGUCGAGCUUGCGCCCCCUCCUCGCGAGACAUCGAACACGAUAGUGGCGUCUCCCAGUGAAAAUGGCUCGAGCCAGACUCAUCUGCAGCAUGCCUUCGAUCUCGACUUUCCUAUUGACGACACAUGCUCCACGCUACCGCUAUCAGCCCACGUGUAUGGGCAGGGGGGAGAGGAUAUGUCGGGUGGUCUAGUUCCUACAAUCCCUACCUUCUCGCCCGGCGAUCUCGACCCGUUUCUGGAUGGCAUCGUUGAGACGAACCGCGAUAAGAUGAUGCCAACUAUCCCCUCAUGCGACGACCCUAUUGUGCCGAUGUCAACACCUGGCUGUGGCUGCCACCCUUCGAGUGCCUUCCCCAAUCGUUCUCCCGAUCGGAACCUGUGGCGGUUAGCAAACGCAGUCCUCACUCCUCCGGUACAUCCACAGAGAGACGGAUUUCAGCCCGACCGCGACUGGCAACAGGAUAUCCCAGUCCGAGCCGUGCUCCACGGCUGGGAUGCGGUGGAGGCUCGUGUUGUCAGACUUCCGCCGUUGUGGAGCAAAUUGCGCCAGAUUGAUGAGAAUCUCUUCUACUCCUGCGGCAAGGUUGAGAGAUUGGCGAUCCUGAGGCUUAUGCACAGUCUCCUCCUUUACCACCACAGCCCCAGUGAUGACCGCCAUGCCUUGGUCCCGCCAUGGUACCUAGAAAGGCCCUCCCAAGCAAUAUCGCAUUCAUAUGCCAUCGAUUUCUUCGUCUGGCCCGGGCUACGCGAGCGGUUCGUCUUUUUCCAGCACCGAUACUGUGCCAACCUCUUUUGGCAUCUCUUCGCGUCAUGUCUCCGACUCCUUUGGCCGUUUGAAUUCCGCGACGCAUAUGCUGUCAACAUCGAGACCGGACAAUUCAGCCUCUCCGAGGCCUUUGAGCGCCGCGUGCGGGACAUCAAUUCCUGGACAAUGACCCACGACAUCUUCGCCCAGUGGCCAGAGCUCUACAGUGAUAUCCCCGCCUUCCCCAACGCUCCCGGGCGACUGGUGAGCCCAAAAGCCCUUGUGCCUUCGACAGGUCCAUGGGGAUUUCCACCACUAGGUGAACAAAAGAACGCACUGGAGGGUGAGGAUGAAGACCAUGUAACGUAG